UCCUCUCUGUGAGCAUCAGGUAGCUCCUUAUACGGAUUGGAGAGGCACUUCACAGCCCCUCUGGCACUGUAUCUGCUAGGGCGCACAGAGGGGCAGUGCCAUGCACACUCCUGAUUACGCGCUGCUGCUGAGCGGGGGGAACCUGUCUUUGGUCUUCGGUCCCACUCGUGACCUAACGAUGGGAACGCCUGGGAACAGCACCGUCCACCCGAACGGAUCCGAUCCGUUUGCGAGAAACGAGGAGGUGGCCCAAAUAGAGAUCAUGGUCCUGAGCAUCACCUUCGUGGUCGCUGUGAUUGGCAACGUGAGCGUCCUGCUGGCGAUGUACAACACCAAGAAGAAGAUGUCGCGGAUGCACCUUUUCAUCAAACACCUCAGCCUGGCUGACCUGGUGGUCGCCUUCUUCCAGGUGCUGCCGCAGCUCUGCUGGGAGAUCACGUUCCGCUUCUACGGUCCAGACUUUCUUUGCAGGAUUGUGAAGCACCUCCAGGUGAUGGGGAUGUUUGCGUCCACCUACAUGAUGGUGAUGAUGACUCUGGACCGUUACAUAGCCAUCUGCCACCCGCUGAAAACCCUCCAGCAGCCCACCCAGCGCUCCUACAUCAUGAUCAUCUCCACGUGGAUGUGCAGCCUGCUGCUCAGCACGCCGCAGUACUUCAUCUUCUCCCUGAGCGAGAUCAAGAACGGCUCGGAAGUCUACGAUUGCUGGGCGCACUUCAUCGAACCCUGGGGCGCCAAGGCGUACAUCACCUGGAUAACCGUGGGCAUCUUCCUCGUGCCCGUGGUCAUUCUUGUCAUGUGCUACGGCUUCAUCUGCCACAGCAUAUGGAAAAAUAUCAAAUACAAGAAAAGGAAAACGACUGCUGGUGCUGCGAGCAAGAACGGGCUGAUUGGGAAGAAUUCAGUCAGCAGCGUCACAACUAUAUCAAGAGCCAAACUGAGGACCGUUAAAAUGACUUUUGUCAUAGUUCUGGCUUACAUUGUUUGCUGGGCGCCGUUUUUCAUAGUGCAGAUGUGGUCCGUGUGGGAUGAGAACUUCCAGUGGGUUGAUUCUGAGAACACAGCAGUGACUCUGUCUGCGCUCCUUGCCAGUCUCAACAGCUGCUGCAACCCGUGGAUAUACAUGAUCUUCAGUGGUCAUCUCCUCCAGGAUUUUGUGCACUGCUUCUCCUGCUGGCACAAAACAAACACUGACUUCAAGAAGGAGGACUCGGACAGCAGCAUCCGCAGAACAACACUGCUGACUAAGAUGACCAACCGGAGCCCUACGGGCAGCACCGGCAACUGGAGGGAGCUGGACAAUUCUCCCAAGUCCUCCAUUCAGACGGAGUAAACACGCAGCCAGAAGACUCUGUUUACAGGGGCCGGAGGUGAACACAUGUCUGGCAGUGGCACCAAGGUACACAAACAGUAUGAACUCAUCUUAACUUUGGAUCUGACUGACAGUCACUGAAAAUGUUCCCCACACUCCAAACCCAUAAAGCAGACCAAGAUGUUUACAAGGAAAAAAUUAAGCAGAGUGAGGAAGUAGAAUUUGUAAUAGUGGCAAAUCUGGAAAUGUGGAGAUUUCCUGUUUCUUCUUGCUGGAUUCUGUGUACAAACAUGUUCUUUUCCAAUUUUAACCAGUGAAAAAACAAGAAAAAGCAUCAGGAAAGGAAGAGAAAUUGAAAAGUGUACAUAUAAUUCAUCGUGUUUUUAUAGCCCCACAGUUGUUGGUAAAAGUCCAAGAUGCUGACAGGUAUGUUUUUACAUACUUUUGUUGAAUUUAGUUGUAAAACUCUGACAGCUUCAAGCAGUCGAGGAGAAUUUUUUUGAGCCCCAACAUGAAUUCUUUUUACGCUUUUAAGAGAAAGCACUUUUCCAGGAAUACUGGUGCUUUCACUGGUGGUUAUGCCUCCCUGAAGUGCUGCCGGACACCUUUUCCUGUGAGAGUGGUUGCAAAGAUAAAAGUUAGGCAUAGCAGCCAGGCGGUGUGUGGUGGUGGUAAAUGCUCUUCCAGACCGCAGUUCUCCAAGUAACUGAGGCAGACACCUCAUCCUUUGCCAUCAGCCUCCUAUGUUGUUGUUUUUCUCUGAACCAGAUUUUUAGAGGGUUGUGUAAAAGAAAAAAUGGGUUUAAACCUUUGACCUUUCACGAAAACAAAGCAAUGGCAUAUGGUAAAUAGCAGGACCUUCACACACACAUACACACAGAUGGGUGUGUAGGGGCUGCUGGGGGUUUUUUUUUUAUUGAAAUGAGAUUGGACACAGAUGGAGUCUAUACACCUACCGACCCAUAGACCCCUCCCACUGCUUUCACAAAAUGUUGGGGAGAAGCUCACACAUUCCACACACACCGCGUCAACACACUUCCUGAUUUUUUUUUUUUUUUUCUAAC